AUGUACGAAAUUGGAAGUGAAAUUGAAGUUGUUGUUGAUUCGGAUGGGGAAACUGAAGUGGAAGACAGUCCGCGUACUAGUUGGAGGAAUACUUAUAUGGGAAAAAUAAGUAGAGGAUUUUAUGAAAAUGAUAAACAAGACUUGGAAAAGUUGAAUGGAGAAAGAGCAAAUAAAGUUGAUUCUGAUGGAGAAAAGUUCAGCGAUGAUAAGGAUUCUGGAACAAAAACUGAAGUAGAUGACCAAGAUGUUGCAACAGGAAGGGAAAUGGAAAAAGGAGUUGAAACAGCAAAAGGUGUAGAUACGGCAAAAAUUGUUGAUUUGAAAGAAGAAAGUAAAGAAGUAAUUGUUGAAGAGAAGAAAGAAGAAACGAAAAAAGUAAUGGAUGAGCAAAGUAAUUAUGACACAAAAAUAAGUAGUGAAGAACAGAGUACAGAAAGUACUGCUACUAAAAGAAGUGAAGAACAAAGUACUGAUACACGAACAAUUACUUUAGAUCAGAGUAGUGAGGAAACGACAGAAGAGGAAGUUAACGAUAAUAAUGAUAAGGAAAGUAAAGAAGUAAUAGGUGUGGAUGAACAAAGUAAUUAUGAUACAAAUAAUAAAAAAUAA